AUGUGGACUUUGGAACCACUCAGAUGCGGCAAGCUGCAUCAUUUCAUCCUAAGCUUCUUGACCAAUAGGCGUGUUGCGAAACGAUCCCCGCUCGUACAGCUUGCUUUCGCCAUUGCCGCCUUCCUCGCGAAGAUCUUACGCGGCGUAUAUUCUAGCCGUAACGCCUUGGACGAGAGCAGGUUGGUGCUGGUCAAGAGCAGAAUUUUCGUUCUGCCCUCAACGGAGCUACUUGGAUGGCAUGAAUAA